AAACACAGACGUGCAGUCAGAGUUAGUUUGCCAUCUGUUGAGAUAUGCGGCUGUUCAAAAAUAGCCCUCUACCAGAAGCUUCUGUGAGUGGCUGACAGAUAGGCAGAGCAGGGCUCCGACCGACUGUUGGAAUUGGUGGAAAACUUACCUGAAAAAUGGAGGAGUGUCACGACCGGUUCUUGGAAUUCCACCCAAUCCAUGGUACCAACGUAAGACUGGACCAGUCAGAAACACAGGCCUGCCGGGUGGAGAGCUUUGCCAACGGGGUGUGUUUCAGCAAGCAACCCCUGAAGCCGGGGGAGAUUUUUCUCAUAGAGAUCGAGGAGAAGGAGCUGGGCUGGUGCGGCCACCUCCGCGUGGGCUUGACAGCCAGGGAUCCCAUGAGCUUAGAGGUGGUACCUGAAUACUCCAUCCCGGACCUGGUAGACCUGGGAGACAGCUGGGUCUUUGCCAUCACCCGCAACCACAACAAGAUCGUGGAGGAGGAUCCUGGGGUCCAGGAGGCAGACGGGGGAGGACUGGCUGGGGGUCGGAGGCUAGGAAGGGGGGAGGUUGAGGAUCCAGCUCAAGUUCAGGAAAUUGGAGGCAACGACACAAAUCCAACAACUUUCUCUAUCGACUCUCACUUGCACAUUGAAAAUGUUUGGAUCCCCAGAGACAAGCUGGUCGGUCGGAGCCGGCCCGGACGCUUCAGCCACAUUUUGGAUGACUUGUACAAGACCAACGCUCUGCCUCCAACAGCCAGACGCAGCAGAAUAGGAGUGAUGUAUGUGUCUAGAGGGAGGGACCUGGCUGAUAUGCAUAUUGUCAUCAAUGGUGAGGACAUGGGAGCGUCUGCAAAGGGGAUCUCAACCGUCCAGCCCCUCUACGCAGUGGUGGACGUCUUUGCUGCCACCAAGUGUGUCCGGAUUGUCCAGGUGGAGUAUGGAUUCUCGUCCCUGCAGACGUUGUGCAGGAAGGCCGUCCAGAAGCACAUCAUCCACAGGACGGCCAUUGACUGGCUCGCGCUGCCCGACGCGCUGAAGCACUACUGCAAGUAUGAAUGAAGGAUAAAGGCCUGCGAUGGACAGAAAUAUAUUUAUAUGAAAUUUAUUUUUCAUUUUGAAUACAAACCAGUGUGUAUUCUAAUGGAUAUACUGCUGUUAUUUGCUUGUCACAGAUAAAGUGACUUAAUUUGAUAUCAUCUGAUUACUAAAAUAAAAGUAAAAGUAUUUUUUCAUUGUC